AUGCGCCUGGUUUUCAUGCGCAAUGCCCCCAAUUCCACAGAUAUGACACAAUCCGCCUUCGAGACCAGAAUCACCACCCAAUGCGCCCUGUGCGUCACCCUCAUUACAGCAUGCAUUCCCUGCUUAAAGCCCUUUCUCGACGCUUUCGAUAGUGGAAUGCUCGGAGUCGGUCUGCGAAAGCGCACUGGCAGGAGCCGUAGUGACUCGUAUAGCAACUCAUAUGCGUUGGCGAGUAUGAGCCGUGGAGCAAAGGAGACCACAACGCGUUCUCGAUACUUGGAAGAUGAGGUCGAGGAACUCGGAACGUCGGCCGCUGCUUUUGCAAUUACCUCGCCGGUCAAGCCACACCAACUAGAGGAAAUCAGUCCUUCGAUGGGAAUCCAAAGGACGGAUCAGUGGAGCGUCAGGUAUGAGUAUGUCGAUACAAAGCCCAGGUCUUUCGGGGAGGGGUUAGAGGAGUCGGAGACAAGCGGUAGUCAAGUUGAGCAUUCAUUGUGA